AUGCUGCUGUUCUGGGGGUCACUGCUCUGCUGGGGGCUGCUGCCCCAGGCCCAAGGUGAAGCCCAGCACUUAGUCUUCAUGCGCAUCAGCAAGGAUCAGCUGGAAACAGACAUUUCAGACCUGCUAUUUAAACACCGCAUCCUGGACCGUGUGACCAGGAUCCCUGUGAGGGGGGCCGCAGGUGAAGGCCUUGCCAUCUUGGACCACAUGCCCUUCGUAAGAAAAGGCCUCUCCAAGAAGAGCAGUGGGCUUGACCUGCCACUGGUCAGGGGUCUGUUCUCGGGACAGAGCCUCUUGCCGCUGGGGGAGCUGCUCCAGCUCGGGGGGUUGGUCAUAGAAGAUUCCGAAGGACCCGAGGUCACCUUGCAAGUCCUGAGUGACAGCCUGCUGCAGGUCACGUUGCGAAGCAAACUGUACCUCUCACUCCAGGGGAUCCUGCGGCUCAGAGUCAUCAAGAACAUCCGUAUUGGGGCUCGGCUGGAGCAGACGGGGAACAAGACCCACGUGGCCUUUGAGGAGUGCCACACCCCACCAGGGUACCUGAGCAUCCAGGUUCUGGAGCAGAUGAACCCCCUCCUGGUGAACGAAGCUUUGAGGUUGGUGACAGAUGUCCUGGACGAGGCAUUGCCCUUCCUCCUGCAGAAGAUAGUGUGCCCCACUGCCACAACCCUGCUCAACUCGCUGCUGGAAGACCUGUUACAUAUCACUCUGCCCCCAGCCAGCUCGGGCCCAGAAGACUUCCAGUACUAUGUCACCACCACAGAAUUCACGGAAGAGGCCAUCCUGAUGAAAGUCCAGCUUGUGACCCCAUGCGGCCCAGGCGAGAGAGUCCCAAGGCCUGACUAUCUGACCCCCAAGCCCCUCCCAAAAUUAGCCCAGGGCAGCCUGGCAGACCUGGUCUUUUCACUGGAAACCUACAAUGACAUCCUGUCCUGCCUGUACACCAGCAAGGAGAUCCAUGUGAACUCCCAGGACCCCAUGGCUGCCAACCUCAUCCAGCUAUUGUCACUGAGUGCACUGGAGCCUGAGCCCAAGACUUCUGAUCAGUUCAGAGGGAACGUGGGACUGACCAUCAGCAUCCCUGAGCCUCCCACUGUCCGCCUUGAUGGCCACACAGCCUCUGUCAUCCAGCCGGGCUCCCUGCUGUUGCUGGGGUCCAGCAACACCUCCCCCGUCUCAGUUUCUUGGAAAUUCCUUUCAAAGGCUGUGUUUUCCUCAAAAAACCAGGAGUUAAAACUUCAGUUCACUCCAAACAGCAUUACAGUCAUUCUGGGCCCUUACCCCGCUGGCCUUGCAGAGCAGAAAGAACGUCUUGAGGCCUUUCUCUUCAGGUUUCUGAACUGGAGGGUCCUGCCCCAUCACAACAACCUGCUCAGAGAACAAGGCCUCCUGCUGCCCAACAUCAAGGGCAUCUCCUUUGACCAGGCGCGAAUGGAGCCCUCCGAGGACUACCUGCUGCUGACUGUUUCGAAGGAAUAA